GUAUACAAGAUGGACCAUGGAUGCCCUCUCUCGCCACGCAGGCGCGCUGCAUCGGCGCCCCAGCCAAACCCAUCCACGGCCUGCGCCUCUGCACCGCAAUCUCUCGGAGGAAGCGUAGGAAGCCGUCAUGGAGCCAGCACGCAGUGGCAGCAUCACGUCCAGCACCCGCAGAGCCACCAAAUCUCCGAACGCGUGUGGGCAGUAGCAAUGUACAGGGAUUGUCCAAAGUGCUCCGCCCACCGCCUCGGCUAUUUGCAACCGUAACAUUUGCGGCCGUCGCCAAGCCUCACUUCGCCUACGAGUUUGGCAAAAUCGGCCCUCUGCCACGGUACAAAGCGUAUCCGCCGCGUGUGCGUGCACGACAUGUCCCCUCUCUUUGUGCACCCGCCCAAGGUCCUGUCGAGUAGGGCUGCGGGGGCACAAGUAGGUACCGCCCUACACACAUACCACAUACAUAUAUACCAUAUGCAUUGACAUCCAUAUCG